AUUGGGUUUGCAGUCGUAGAUAGUGUUCUGGUUUGGGACAGAACAAAGUUGGAUUCAAUUUUUCUUUUUAUCAUUCGAUUCAAUUAUCGCUAAAAUGUUUUUUUUUUAUUUUAAAAUGUUAAUGCGAACACAUUAUAAUCACAACGAAUUAUUAACACUUUGGUGUACCGCUAUAGCUAUAUUGAUUUAGCGUAUCUGCACCACGAUUUUUUUUUUGUCUACGUAAUACAUUCCAAGAUAGUGAAUGUGUUCGUAUAUAUUGGACAUAUUAACUGUGCGUUAAACGAUGUUAAUUGAAUUGGAAUCGGCGCUGUUGGACGAGUGCAAUGUGAACGAUAUCUACAGUAUUUGCAAUGGCAAAGCGAUUCCCGAAACCCUACGGCCGGACGUUUGGCAAAUUUGCCUUGAUGUUCGAUACAAGAAUGAUCAAAUGGCACUUUUCAACGAAAUCUUCGACUUACCAUUUCAAACUGAAUUGCGUCACGAUUGCAGUGUUUUCGUUGAUAAGCUAGGCAAUGAUGAAGAAGAUAAACUGUCAGUGGUUUCAGACCUGGAAUCAAUUCUGACAUUCUAUUGUAAAAAUCGAAGUUUGCAGUAUGAGUCAAAUAAUGGAUGGAUUGAAUUGUUGUUGCCGGUGCUGUCACUCAAACUAAGUCGAUCUUACACAUACAAUUUGUUCGAAGCGAUUCGCGACACAUAUAUACCUAAAGGCUGCGUGAAAAAUGGAAAUGUUUUUCAUUUGUUCAGACUGUUGAUACUUUACCAUGAUCCUGAGCUGUGCUCCUUGCUAGACACAAAGAAAAUAACACCAGAUCAAUAUUCGAUGUCAUGGUUUCAAAGCCUGUUCGCGGCAACAUGCACGCUUCCAGUUGUAUUAAACAUGUGGGAUAUGUAUUUUCAACAAACAGAUCCAUUUUUAGUUUUCUACCUCGCUCUCAUCAUGCUAAUCAAUGGGCGAGAACAAAUUCUCACGAUGAAAGAGCAGACAGCUGAAGAAAUAGUGAAAUUUCUAACCUUCAUGCCUUGUGCUCUAGAAGCCGGAGAUGUCGUGGAUUUUUGUUCAUUGGCUCAAUAUUACGCAAUGAAAACACCAUCUUCAUUCAAAACAGGAUACCUAAAAUCAUUAUUCGGCGCAGACACAAACUGUCCCGAUCGGUCAAUUUCACAAGCGCUUUGUUUACCCGUCACAGUUUAUGAGUUAAUCGAAAAUAUUUCCACAUCACCGACCAAUACGGAUAGUGUUCGAUUUUUCUUGGUCGACUGCAGACCCGCAGACCAAUACAACUAUGGACACUUACCAACGGCUUUCCACUUGGACAGUAAUUUAAUGUUACAGGAACCAGUCGCUUUUUCGACAGCUGUGUACGGCCUGCUUCGUGCACAAAAAAUGGCCAUCGAAGCGAAUUCGGAUGCAGGUGGCGAACACUUAUGUUUUAUGGGCUCGGGCCGCUUGGAUGAAGAUAUGAAGAUGCACAUGGUAGUUGCAUCUUUUCUUCAGAAAAACACACAAUAUGUAUCCGUUCUAACCGGUGGCUUCGCUUCGAUACAUGACUAUUUCGGACAACAUACGCACGAGUACCUAAAAGAUCAUGACCCAAUGCGAUGCCUUAUGUGUAUCGGGCCCAGUAGCAGCAAGGCCAACGCAAUACCCAACAGUAAUAGCACUGAACGAAUUAAUCACGCACCAUCAACAUCAAGCCUAAAGUCACAACCAUCGAUCGAUUUGUUUAGCAAGUUUUCUAGUGUUGUAAAAAGUAAAUCGCAAGAAGUGAAAGGAAAAUUCAUGGAUUACAUCGCCAAUCCAUACACAACGCAGUCGGGAGCCUCGCCCAAUGUGCCGCUCGAGAAACAUGUCAACAAAAGUGAGAAAAAUGGUAAACGAUACCGAAAUGUAGCUCCUGUCUUCAGUAUCGAUGAGGACAAUAUUGAUUCAAUUGUGGAUAAUGACGAAGAAAAUGCAAAUAAUGAGGAAAAUGUAAAGGAAACGAUUAACAUACAGAACUACACCAAGAACUCCGAUGUCAUUACGGCACUCAAAUGUCAAGAGGUUCAUAUGAAUGGUUAUAUGUACGACAGUCACUUGAUUUUAACAACAACUCAUUUGAUUGUACUUCGCGAUCUCGAUAAAAAGGGUACAGCCGAGAUAAUAGUUCGUCGACCUCUCUCAAACAUUGUAAAAAUUACGGCCAAAAAAAGACAUCGCGAUCUAAUUACCUUUAAAUAUGGUAUACCGGAUGGCGAAGAACUACUUAUCACCGAUAUGGAUCGUUUUCUCAUACCAAACGCAAGUGAAGCGACGGCAUUAGUCUCCAAGCAAAUCAUAAAACAGUUGGAAAACACCAAAAAUGAAGAUUCUAAUAAAUAAUAAUUGUUCGUUAUAGUUUUAUCGAAUUUUUCUAUGUUAAAACGUUUUCAUGUAUAUUUUUUUUAGAUUUUAAACAUUCUGUAAUUCAUUAGCAAAUUAAAUAUGUGCGUGAAGUCGAAGGAAGAAUCGAAAAAUUUGAACCCGAAGCCUAUGAAAACCAUUCAAUAACCAUAUUCUGUAUUCCUAGAUUUGUGAAAAAAAAUGUUUAUUUAUAUCAACUUUGUAGAAUAUAAUAUUUAUUUUUAACAAAAACAAA